AUGCUCAACGCGCCGCCAAGCGCGUUGUCGUCAACGAGGAGGAGAAAAAAGGAUGCCAACAAAACUCCUAGUCGACCUCGUCGUUGCGUGAUCACACCAUCAGGCUCGCUUCCAAGAAAAUGUGAUAAUGCGCAUCUCAAAGACUAUUUUGUCGCCUCAGCUUUUGCCGGCAUCGGAGGUAUGGACCGCGGUUUCCAGUUGGCUGGAUUUGAUGUCGUCGUGCAAAUAGAAAACAACAAGUGGUGUCUUGAAGUGUUACGUAAACAGUUCGGGAGUGGUAUUGAAAGAUAUACACCGGGGAAUAUCCGUGAUGUAAAACUGUUACCAGCGGGAGUGAAAGUACUCCUGGUGACGCCCCCGUGCGUCGAUUUGAGCUCUAUGAAUAUAUUCGGAGUUGGCAUUCACGGCAAGGAAACCGGGAAAAUACGAGAAGUUUUUAGAAUUCUGAAAGCGAUGAAGGAGAAAAACCAAUUCGUGCCAAUUGUCGUCAUAGAGAACGUUCUUAACAUACUGAGCGCAGAAGCGAUGAAGUAUUUAAUUGAAGCGUUUUCUGAAUUGGAGUACGAUUAUUUAGCGUGGAGAACGGUUGAUUUACUCGGCGCGUUGCCUCACAGUAGGAACCGCGUCAUUUUAGUCGCCACGCGAGACGGAAUAAAUCCUCACGAUAUUUUAUUCGAAGCGAAUCCCGAGUGCGAGUGCGAAAAAGUGCGAACGGGCGAAGAAAAAAUUGGAAACGAAUAUUCAUCUUCUUCAGCUGUGUGUGCGUUGUGUCAAAAUUCACCGGACGCGCCGACAAUCCAAGAGGUUGCAGUGAUCGUGAAUACGAGUCAAAUAAACCAGGCGCCGAGCUAUCAUAAAAACCCGUGUCUGUUGACGAGUAGCAAGUCGACGUACGUCUGUGAAUUUCGCCGUAAAAAUUCAAAGAAACGAAAAUUUGAAGAUAUAAGAGAAGACAACGGAAAUAACGACGACGCCGAUGAUGAUGAAGAAGAAAAUCCGUUUCCUUGCUAUAAACUCGAUAUCCGUGAUAUUGAGCGCUUGAUGGGAUUUCCAGAAGAUUAUACGAAGAUUUCUUCUGCUUCAGAAAAUGAUUGCAAUCGUCGCGUGAAGCUCUUGGCAAACGCAAUCGCGGUGAAUCAUUCAGAGUGGAUCGCGCAGUCUUGUUCGAACGCGAUCCGUAACAAGGUUGCAAUCGACGACGAGGAAGAGAAAAAUGGCUGCACACCUUCUUUUCUCUCAACACGAAAGAUAAUCGAAGAAAAAUUCACCGUACUACGACGGAAGAACGGCGAGACGAUUCGAAUUAGUAGUCUUUACGACAAAGACAAAAAUUUUCCGGAGUGCGGGUUAAUUGAUUUAAAAUCCAACUCGGACGAAAUUUUAAUCCCAAAAGGUGAUAUUCACAGGUAUCCCGUCUUGAACACGUACGUUCCAUUGCCUAUAUUUUUAAAAUACAAAAACACUCAAAUUGGAGACAAAAACAAAAGGGUUCGUUUGUUCAAGUACGCGGAACGUUUGCUUCAACACUGGGCCGCGCUUGAAUAUUGGAUACUCGUCGCUUUGGUACGAGACGAUGCACAGCGCAGAGGGCUUCUCCGACGAUUUGGUGAUAAAGUCGUUUUGAAUGAUGACAAUAUUGAUAUCUUAGAAGUUGCUGAUUUCGAAGAAUCGGUGGCGUCGUUUUGCGAGAAAAAAGGCGAUGUAAAAUUUAUUUCUGGAAACGAAAAGUAUGCUGCUGACUUUUUAGACGUCGACGCGCUCGCGAAUAAAAUUAGGGAAAAGAAUACAAUCGCGAGCGACGCACUGCGUGGUGGGAAAUUAGUUCUCGUGGAUGGAAACGUGGCGGAAAAAAAUAAAGGUAACGACCUAUGUGCGCGUUGGCCGGCGGUUGCACUCACCUUUCCAGAGGACGCCGAGACGAUUAAAGCGACGAUGAAAAAAUUCGGCCGCUUUGGUAAAACGUUUUCCAGCAUCGUAUCGACGCGUGAAGUUUUUGUUUGCUAUUUCAACAGAAAUAAACGUCGAUGCGAGUGGGUUCACGAAAAUAAAGUGUCUGAUAUCUUCAGCGAAGUGAUCGAGGACGAGCUUGAGACGAAGAAGAGGAGAAGAGAGACUUUUGGUGAAGAUGAAGAAAGAAAAAAAGCUUUCGAGGGUGCCAAUCUUUGUCGGCGAGAAAUGGAAAAAAUAAUAAAAAAUGGAAAGAAUACUCGCGACGAUGCCGAUGAUACUGAAGACGGUGACGAUAAUAAUAAUAAUAAUAAUAAUAAAAACAAAAACGACACGCUUUGUAACUCGAUGAAAGGUGACGGUGCAGUUGGCAUGCGCGUUGACGUGUUUUGGCCAAAGGAAAAGAAGUAUUAUCGGGGCAUCGUGAAUUCGUUUGACGCAGACUCUCAGAGGCACCACGUAAUUUACGACGACGGUGACGAGGAAAAAGCUUUGAAUUUUGAAAAAGAAAAAAUCCUCCUACCUCUUUGGGGCAUAUCGAAAAAAAUAAAGUUAGACAGACGCGGAGGAUAUAAAAGAGCUCACCCUAAUUGA